GCUUGGACAUGAUGGUAGCAUCAUAAACUAUUGUUGAUUUAUUAUUAUUUGUAUUAUUAAAUAUCAGGAACCAAAGAGCCGAAGAUGUCGCAGUCAUACGACGUCACCGAAACUCUGAAGAUAGAGGCCCUCGAUUUCAUCUACCAGGAUGAAAUGGAAUUUUUGAGUAUUAAACCGCCGCCAGAGAAUCAGGACAAUGCCAAGCCAGUGACAUUAAAGCGACUGAUCUGCAACAUUAACGGUUGUAAUUAUUCCACCAACAGAAGGAGGGACUUAAAGCGCCACAAGCGCACACAGAAACACGUGCUGGAGAAAUUCGGAUCCGACGAAUCCGAAUCCGAUGACUUCCUCGAGCCUUCUGUGUUCUCGUGUCCACUCUGUGACUACACCACAGCCAAAAGAUUCAGUUUCGUGCGGCACAAAGAGUCGAGGCGCCACAUUAUGAAGGAGCUGGAUGAAUGCGAAAAGCUGAUGGACAAGGCUGAUAAGACAGAAAGUUCCAUGAAGAGUAGGAAAAGAGCGGAUUUAUCACAGGACACCGAUGCCAUCCUGUACACCUGCACAGCCUGCGAUUACAACACCACAGACCAAUUCUACCUAGAAACGCACAAUAAGUCCCAAGAGCAUAGGCAAAACAUGGAGAGAGCUAACGAGUUCAUAGAGUAUGUGCCACAGGGGGAGCAAAACAUGGUACAGAGUUUUGAGGAGACAGAAGAAGAAUAUGACAACCAGAGGGAUGUCUUCCACGAAAUUAGCGCCACUUUGGAGUGCGCGCCCUGUCAGUACAAGACGGCCAGAAGAUUCUGCUUCGUUCGUCACCUGCAGUCGACAAGGCAUCUCACCAAAAUGCAGGCAGAGUUUGAUGCCCUAGAGCAGGCAGAUGACUUCGAGGUGGCAAAUGCCCUGGACAACAUCGAUGGUGUGGAGGAGUUAGUUGGCCUGGAGGAGACUGAAGCCUUGCAGGAGCAAAUUGGAGUAAAUACCCUGGAUGAGAUCGAUGGAGUGGUGCAAAUAGAACCCGGCUUCGAAAUGAUAGAAUAUGCAGUUGUAGAAGAGAAUGUUUACGAGGAGAUCGUUUACCUGCCCACCGAAGACAGUGCGGAGGAGAGCUGCGGUUUCAUAACCCUGAACAAUGUCUAGAUUUAAUGAUGCAUUUCCUUGAAACCUCUGAUAAGUUAACACAUUUGUAAGUCCAUGAACUGUAUGGUCAAAAAUGUAUAAGGCCAGCCAAAUGUUUGUUAAAACAGUAUAAAAAACUUGUAAAUAAAGAAAAUGUUACAAU